GCAAAUGGAAAUGAUACGGCGAGUGCUUUACCUCAGCCAUAUUUUGGAAAUACAUUUGGUUUCACUUCAGUAUCUCGCGAGUAGUAAACGAAAUCGGUUGAUUCAUAGAAGUGUGACGUUUUUGUUUUCAAUAUCUGAUUGAAUCGCACUAAAAAAUCCCGUAAACGAUGGAGAAUGAAGAGCAAAAAACACUAUUGGCUGUCCCAACUAGAAUAUAUAAAGUUGGUUCAAUUUUAAGCUUCAAUAAAGCCCUUCAAGAAUGGCAAAAAUUUGCAGAGAUCAAAGAACAAGAAACCAUUGAUUAUAAAGUGGUGUUUGUGGGAAAUCUUCUCAUAUUUGUUGGCGGUUGGUACGACAGUACAGAUGCCGGAAGUGAUGAAGUUUACUGCUAUAAUUUGGAAACAAAGGAAUGGUCAGAUAUGCCAAGGCUACUGGAUUCGCGCGAAGGUCUGUGUAUGACGCAGUUAGAUAAUGUAAUAUAUGCCAUUGGUGGAGUUUCUGAUAGAUAUGAAAAGCUAAAGUCAGUUGAGCGAUACAACCCCUCUAUUGACGAAUGGGAGAGAGUAGCUAAUAUGCGGACUCGCCGUGUAGGGGCAGCUGCAGUCGCAUUGAAUGGAAAAAUCUAUGUAAUAGGAGGUUCUUCUCAAAACUAUCUAAAUUCUAUGGAAUGUUACGACCCACAAACAAAUGAGUGGCAACAAUGUGCGAAUAUGACUGAAAUUCGUCAAUGGUGUGGUGCGGCUGUGCAUAAGGGUUACAUAUAUGUUUUGGGUGGUAUGAAUAUUAAGUAUCUUGACACCGUUGAACGUUAUGAUCCUGUAUACGAUGUAUGGACCAAGAUUAGCUCUUUAAGUGUAGCCAGAAGAAGUAUUUGCAGUUUUUCGCUUGAUAAUCAAUUAUGGGCCAUUGGUGGUCAGAAUGACGGCGAAAGCAAUGUUGUGGAGUUAUAUGACGAAGAAAAUGACAAAUGGAUCGAACAAAAAGCGCUGCCAGUCGGUGGUGUAUAUGAUCAUCUUUGGGUACCGACAAAUUUAGCAAAUCAGCUGACGAGUAUUUGACGGUUGUUUCUGUGUACAUAAAAUGUUAAUAAUUGUGUAAAUUUUGUAAUAUUUGAAUAAAUAAAUGUGACCUAAUAUUCAACUCAAA